AUGGCGGACGACACGCGCCUCCAGACUUCUAGAGGGGAGAUGUCUGACACACACCGGCGUCUAGAGGCUAUCUUCGAUGCCUUCUGGAGGAAGCUGGAGAGCAGGCUGACACCCACGGAGACCACCGAGGCACCUCCUGAAACAUCCCACUGCUCCUCGAAAUGCCCUGCUGCACACACCAUGAGCCCGACUAACCGGAGGCAACGAAGGCGGCCUAGACGAUGCAUGGCAGUAAAUACUGCCGGCCUGCAAGCCCGGAAACCCUACACCUCCAGCACCAUGCAGAAUGACACACACGGGGUCGGAGAAAGGAGUGGAAAGCGACUGAUGCACGUAAAUAUGCAGAGAUCUCCCCUGGCAGAGAGCCUAAGAAACCAAGCAAUCUGGGACACUAAAAUCCCUACGAUGGGGAUAGGAUAA